UUCUCAUUUCAAGGAAACGGCAGAUUCCUUUUGGCGUUCAUAUUCAGCUGCUUCUCCUAUCUGCUGAUCGAAAAGUUCAUAAAAAAUCCGUUGGUAUAAAUUUGGAAUCAAGGGAAGAUGCCUAAGUCAUUCCUGUUGCGGCGUCAUCUGAAGCAGGAAUGGAACAACAGAGAGGAUUAUUCCAUUGCUGGAUCUUUGCCACUUGGUCUUUGGCAUCGAUUGGCUCCAAGAGCAGGCUUUCUGGGCUCAUCUCUCCAAGAACAGAGUCCGUCCUCAGAAGAAGCUACGGACGUGAAUGGAAAUCACACGGAGAAGCAUACGAACAAUGAGAAUUACUUUGAAGAGUGCGAUUAUACCAGCGAAUUGGCGCCAAGUCAAAAUCAAAAAGAGAGCAAGGCGAAGAUGAGCAAACAAAAAGAAAUAUCAAGAACAGAGAAGGAGGAAUUUAUCUGUGCAGCAACGAAAGAUAAAACGAGAUCGGGAAAAGGUUCCAAACGGUCUCAACACCGAGGGCUUGAAGAGCCAAGGAGUCUACGAGAAGGUUCUAAAAGAUUGUCUUCUUCGUAUCAAACGGGUCCUGUCAAGCAACCCUAUAAGUGCGAUCAGUGCGGUAAAAUUUUUAAGACGAAGUAUACAUUGACGAUCCACCUAAAGAUGCCAUCCCACACUGGCGCCAAGCCGUUUGUGUGCGCCAUAUGCGGCAAGGGAUUUCGAUUGUCAAGCACACUUUGCCGUCACAAAAUCAUUCACACAUCUGAGAAGCCCCACAAAUGCCACAUCUGCGACAAAGCCUUCAAUCGGUCAUCCACGCUCAAGACUCAUAUUCGCACUCACAGUGAUCUGAAAGAAUUCGUGUGUGAUAUCUGUGGCAAAGGUUUCCAUCAAAAAGGCAAUCUGCGCAACCAUGUUCUUAUACACACAGGAGAGAAGCCGUAUCGCUGCAAUCUCUGCGAAAAAGCCUUUAAUAAGCUAUCCAAUUUGAAGUUCCACAUGCACGUUCAUACGGAUAACGCCCCUUACCGCUGCCGAUAUUGCAAAAUCUGUUUUACACGGCGAUGUGAUCUCAAACUUCACAUCUCAGAGUGCAACCCGCAGCGCUGAAGAAGGAAAAAAAGCAAAAAAAUUCCAAAUCAUUGGCAUUAGGUGACAGUUAAUCGCCAUUAACACGUAAAGCAAAUGGAUGGUUCGCUGAUCAAAUAUUUAUGGCGACGACGCUAGAAAUUUAGAUGAACUUGCCUUCUUAAAACAGAAGAGUACCAAAAAAACAAAGAAAUGGUCCAAGAUCUGCCAAAACUGUUAUCGCAGAUACGAGCCAGUAUUUUAUGACCUGUGGAAUAGCUUGUCAGACAAGAAAUAGACAUAGAAAUUAAAUUUCUAAGCAAUUUUAAUGAGUUUGAUUUUAGUUACCACAACGGGCAAGCUAAAUGCCACAUUACUGAAAUAGCAUUUUUCUUAAUUUCCUUCAAGCCAAUUCAUCGCUACAAGAUAUCAAUGGGAAACGUAGUAGCAAAUACUAGGAUGUAGAGCUCAGGAUGGCAUAAGCGCUAGUCUUUGUAUUCGAAAAUUAAUUUUUUUCAACGACACGGUAUAUUUUACACUGAGUGACUAGUAAGGGCAUAGACUUAAGAGACAGAAAAAGCCUUGGUCGACACUAGUUAGUUUUGAGGUAAUCGUUAAAGAAAAAGGUCACAUAUUCCUGGAAAGUGGUAGUUAUGACACACUUUUUAUUCUUUGCGAUUUUGUGUCCCUGUAUUUCAGAUAUUUGACUUCUAUUUCACACGCAAUUGAAAAGAACAUGUGAAUAUCCUUCAAAUGCCUUCUUGAGGUAGCAAGUAGACUUAUAACUUAUUAACAAGUGUCAGUCUUACUCAUUAACAUAACUAGGCGACCGCAAAGACAGAUUUAUGCGGCGCUUAAGAAAAGAAAAAAAAUUUCAAAGAAAACUGCUUGCAAUCUGAAUUUCAAAAUAAUAUCAGUGAGAAAAUCGUCUUAAAUUACCCUCAUCUUUAGCCC